AUGGCUAUCCGACCUCUUGAUACCAACACACUUGCCGACAUUGUUUCAACACUUGAAUCCCGUCCCAUCGUUUCUCUACGUAAGGACGUUUCCUUGAAGGAAGCCUUGUUAAUAUUAGCCAAUAAUCAUAUUUUGAGCGCACCCGUAUAUGAUCCUUCUACCAAUUCAUGUAUUGGCCUGAUUGAUGUAUUGGACUGUGCUACUUUUACAACACAGACCUACUUUGAUAAUAGCGACCAUUCCCAAUUCAAGAAUUACUUAUUACAGUUUUCUUUUGAUGUUGAACAAGUUGGAAGCGUUAUCAACAUGUCAGGCAAAAAUCCAUACAUUCCAAUGAAGACUACGGAUUCUCUCAUGCAACUUUUGAAAGAGUUUUCAAAUGGUGUUCACCGUAUUCCAAUUAUGGAUGAAAAUAACAAUGUCAUUGCAGUUUGCUCUCAAAUGACUCUUUUCCAAUAUUUAUUCAAGAAUAUUGAUUUGAAAGAUAAUGCUCAGCUAUUUACUGAUUUUAAAAAACAAACAUUGAAACAAGUUCUAGCAAACAGGACUAGUACUCAAAAAGUUAUCAAUGUCAAAGAAUCUCAAUUGGCCAUUGAUGCUAUCAAAGUCAUUAGUGAUAACGGUUUGAGUGCAGUCGGUGUGUUGAGUGAGAAGGAUGGAAAAUUAAUUGGUUGCUUAUCAGCAAGUGAUUUGCAAGGAUUCAUUGACGAAGAUUAUCACCAUUUGGCAUCUCCUGUUUUGGAAUUCCAAAGAAAAUCAAGGGAAAAGAAUGGAUCAUCGGUGUCAUCCCUUGUUUUCUGUAAGAUUGAAACUCAUACUGUUGGAGAUGUCAUUCAACGCUUGUUGCAAGAUAGAGUUCAUCGUCUUUUCGUCAUGAAUGAUGAUAUGGAAGUUAUUGCAUUGCUGUCCUUGACUGACAUUUUCAAAAUGGUCUAUGAAUAUUUGAAUGCAAAACAGAAUUAA